ACCCAUUGCCUAAUCUCCUGAAGUAUUCUUCCUAUUCAUCCAAGAGAAAUCAUUCAGGUGUGAGGUGCAUGACAAAUCAUUUGUACGAACGAUUGCACCAUACUACACCAGAGAAUACAGAGAAGAUAGACAUCACAGAUAGAUCCUGACCAUCACCCAAGGAACAACUGCACAACUGUGAGCAAAGAUCCAAUCCUUCACAGCAUUCCUCAAUCUAGAGAACGUUGGGUAGUGAAACCAUCAUCUGGAAACCAAUUGAGCUUUGACAUAUCAUCAGAUGUGAAACUGGUCAGUGGUGUGGAACCUUCUACUAUAACCAAUCUUUGGAAAGGUUUGCCUGUGGGUCUGCAUUAGGUUGAGAAGAAGUGUGAGUGGCUCCAUGUACCAUUGACUAAUUCCUACAGGUGAGGGACUGUUCGAGUGUGAGAUGUGUGAGGAGAACUCCAAAGGAUUGUAAUGUCUCUGAUUCUACAAGGUGCAACUGUUGUAGAGAAUGGAAGGGAAACCAUUCACAUGUGAAGUGUGCAACAAAUCAUUCUCACGAUCAUGGAAUCUCCAUGUACAUCAACGGAUUCACACAGGGGAGAAACCAUUCAUGUGUGAGAUCUGUGACAAAUUAUUCUCGCAGUCAUCGGCUCUUCACACACACCAACGCAUUCAUAAAGGGGAGAAACCAUUCAACUGCGAGGUGUGUGAUAAAACAUUCACACAUUUUUCAAACCUUUGUAGCCACCAACGUAUCCACACUGGGGAGAAGCCAUUCACAUGCAAGGUGUGUGACAGAUCAUUCUCAAAGUCAUCUCACCUCCAUGUUCACCAACGCAUUCACACAGGGGAAAAACCAUUCACUUGUGAGGUGUGUGACAAAUCAUUUUCACAGUCAUCAAUCCUUCAUGCACAUCAACUUAUUCACACAGGGGAGAAACUAUUCACAUGCAAAGUGUGUGACAAGGCCUUUACACAGUCAUCAAACCUCCUGGUCCAUCAGACAGUCCACACUGGGGAGAAACCCUUCAAGUGUGAGGUUUGUGACAAAGCUUUUGCCACAUCUACAAGGCUCCUGACACACCAGAGGUUUCACACAGAGGAGAAACCCUUUAAGUGUGAGCUUUGUGAGAAGGCUUUCACCCAAUCUUCUGACCUCCUGAUGCAUCAAAGGAUUCACACGGGGGAGAAGCCCUUCAAGUGUGAUGUGUGUGGUCGAGCCUUCACACAGUCAUCGAACCUCCGUGUACACCAACGUAUCCACACAGGAGAGAAGCCAUUCACAUGCAAAGUAUGCAAUAAGUCAUUUGCACAUUCAUCAACACUCCGUAAACAUCAACGUAUUCACACAGGGGAGAAACCAUUCACAUGUGAGGUGUGUGACAAAACAUUUUCGCGACCGUCAACUCUUCACGAACACCAACGCAUUCACACAGGAGAGAAACCAUUCACAUGCAAGGUGUGCGACAAAUCAUUCUCAUACUUAAUGAACCUCCGGGUUCACCAACGCAUUCACACAGGAGAGAAACCAUUCACCUGUGAGGUGUGUGACAAAGCUUUCACACAGUUAUCACACCUCCAGGCCCAUCAGACAAUCCACACAGGAGAAAAACCCUUCAAAUGUGAGGUUUGUGAUAAAGCUUUCCCAACAUCUACCAGGCUUCUGAUGCACCAGAGGAUUCACACAGGAGAGAAACCGUAUAGGUGUGAAGUGUGUGAGAUGUCUUUCACGCUAUGCUCCGAGCUCCUGAUGCACCAAAGGAUUCACACUGGGGAGAAACCCUUCAAAUGUGAGGUUUGUGGGAAAUCUUUCUCACAGUCAUCGAAUCUUCAUGCACAUCAACGUAUUCACACGGGGGAGAAACCAUUCACAUGUGAGGUGUGCAAUAAAUCCUUCUCACACUUAAUGAAUCUUCGUGUACAUCAACGCAUUCACACAGGGGAGAAACCAUUCACGUGCAAUGUGUGUGCUAAAUCCUUCAGACAAUUGUCAAGCCUCCUUAGACAUCAGACAGUCCACACAGGGGAGAAACCCUUCAGAUGUGAGAUUUGUGCCAAAGGUUUUGCGGCCUCUACAACCCUUCUAAGACACCAGAGGAUUCACACAGGGGAGAAACCCUUCAGGUGUGUGGUUUGUGAUAAAGCUUUCACUCAAUCCUCUGGUCUCCUGACACACCAGAAGAUUCACACUGGAGAGAAUCCCUUCAAGUGUGAGGUGUGUAAUGAGGAUUUUGAACAGUGUAUCACUUGUGCAUUCACACAGGGAAGUAGCCAGUAACAUGCAAAGUGUGUGGUUAAAGCCUUCACAACAUCUUCACCCUCCUGGAAUUGGAGUGAAACUCUUCAUGAGCAAUGUUUAUGACAAGGCCUUCAUGAACUCCUCCAAUCUCCUGAAGCACCAAUGGGAUCAAGGCAUUGAGAAACCAUUCAGGUGCACUGUUUGUGACAGGCUUUUACACGGUUCAUGUAUCUGCUGGUCCAUUCACACAGGGUGAAGAAACUCUUAUUGGUGUGAAUUGUUUAAUAAAGCCUUUAUACAGCUGUCGGACCUUCUGGAUCAUUAGUGAACCCACAUGGGAGACAAACCAGAGAUGGGGGAGUCACGUGUCAGGAUUGUUUCACCUCUUCCUCCUCCCUCAGCAGACACCGAUGAUUCCAUGUUAUCCUGGAGCCAGGUCACCUGUUUCUGCUGCACUGAGAGCUGUCUGUGUUGUUUCCCCUCCAGGGGAGCUGUGGUUCCAAAGCACUGUCUGUUUCAGCAGGGUCUGUCUCAAACCUCUCCUACAUUGACAGCAAUACUCAAGCCCCACAAAAGAAUAUAUUUUAAAAAUCUUUGUCGGUCAGCAUAGGUCCUGGUGUCCACAGGGAGUUUAAGAAAUAACCACUUUGCUGUUGGUCUGGAGUCACAUGUAGGCCAGACCAAGUAAGCAUGACAAGAUUUCCUUCCCUCAAGGACAUUAGUGAAUCAGAUGGGUUUUUUCCUGUCAAUCAUUUCAUAGUUAUCAUUUGACUCCUAAUUGAAGAUUUUUACUGAAUUCAAAAUCUACCAUUGGUAGAAUUCAAAUCUGGGUCCCAAAACAUCAGCUGAGUCUCUCUGUUAAUAACUAAGAGAUAAUGUAACUAGGCCAUUACCUCCGAUCAACAUCACCAUUCCUCUGCUGCAUCCACUGGAGAUUUCAGAGGGAGAUGAAUUUGAGGUGACAGAAAUAUAGAGGAACUGAGGUCACGCAGCAAUUUGUAUUGGAAGUAUGGGAAUUUUAAAUUGGAGACACUGUGGGACUGAGAACCAGUGAAGGCCAGUGAGCACAGGUGAUAGGUAUGAGAGUUAGAAUAGAGAGUGCAGAGCUUUAGCUGAGAUGAGGUUUACGGAGUAUGGAAGAUGGGAAGCUGGAUGGGAGAGCAUUUAAAUGAUCUAAUCUAAAAACAAUAGCAUGGAUGAGAAUUUCAACAGCAGAUGGACUAAUAUGGGGUGGGUGUUGGAAAUUGGGAAUGUUAGCAAAAGUGAGGACUGCAGAUGCUGGAAACCAGAAUUUAGAUCAGAGUGGUGCUGGAAAGGCACAGCAGGUCAGGCAACAUCCGAGGAGCAGGAAAAUCGGCAAAAGCCUUUCAUCAGGAAUUAGAAAUGUUACAGAGGGAGAAGCAGGUGAUAUUUGCGAUGGAGAGGAUAUGUGAUCGGAAGCUCAGCUGGUGGUUGAAGAAGAUGAUACUGACCAGUUUUUAUUGGAAAUGUAAGUGAAGAGAGCAUUCGAGAGUAACUUAAGGAAUGUGGGAACUGGAAUAAUACCUUGAGCCUGUGACACCAUUCAAUUAGAUCAUGGCUGAUCUGCAUCUUAACUUUACCUACUUGUUGCAAUAAAUCUGUCAGUCUCAGUUUUGAAAUUUUCAGUUGAGACCCCGCUUUAACAGGUUUUUUUUGUGGGGCAAGAUUUCCAGUCCCCUUUUUGCUGAACACUCUCUCCCUAAUUUUAAUGCUCUGCCCCUUGUUCUGGAUUCUCCCACUAGAGGAAUCAUUUCUCAUGAACUACUUUACUAAUUUGCUGAUUAAUCUUAAACAUGUCAGUUAGCUCGCCAUUUAAUUUUCUACAUUCAAGGGAAUGUAAACUCAGUCUGUGCAGAUAAUUUAAUCCUUUUAUCCCAGGCAUUCUGGUGAAUCCAUGCUGCACUCCCCCAAAGCUAUUAUAUCCUUCCUCAGGUGCGGUGCCCAGAAAUGAAUGAAGUUCUCCAGGUAGAGUCUCAACAGAGCUCUGCACCGCUUGCAUGUAACAUCAGAUUAGAACAAGUCAACAUGGAUUUAGUAAGGGGAGGUCGUGCCUGACAAACCUGUUGGAGUUCUUU